UUGGUGCGUGGGGGGCUGGGGAUGGGGCUGGGUGUCAGCGUGGGGACGACAGGUGAUCUCAGGCUCUCUCAGCCUCCCAGGCAGGCGUCCUCCCUGCCCGCAGCCCUGGAGAGCUGCCGCCGCCGCCGCCAGUCAGAGUGGAGGGUCCGGCGGAGCAAGCUGGGCCGGGGGUAGCAGGAACUCCCCCCCUCCCAGGGUGGCGGCGGCAGCAGCAGCAGCUGGAGCGCGCGCCGCCCUGGCCUCUGCCCGGUGCCUCUCUUGGCUGCGUCUCGUGCGGGUGGGAGGAAUGAAGACCCUCUGAGCGCGUGGUGCGGGCCGGCGGCAGAGAGAAUGAGGGGCGGGCGCGCGGGCAGGCAGGCAGGCAGGCGGCCCCCCCCCCCCGGGCUCGAGCGGGAAGGGUCCCCCGAGGUCUUCUUGUCCAGCCCCCGGCGGGGGGGGGGGCUGCUUCCCUCCCGACAGAGGGCCAGACAGCCUCUGCUGGGAAGGCUGGCGCAGGACUGGGGGGCAUGAAAGGGCCCCUGCUUGUUUCCCGAGUGAGGGGCGGGGUGCCGAGGAGAGCCCUGUCUGGGUGGUGCUCCCAGGUGCGAGGCUGCUGCUGCCCCCCCCCCCCACAUUUGGCAAAGCUUCGCCUGGCCCAGACUUCUGUGGGCAGCAGCGGGGCAGGGAGAGGGGGGGCCUUCCAGGUGUGCCGAGAACAGAGCAGCCCCCCCCCCCCCGAGCCGCCCUCCUUGGGGGCCAAUGACUUUUGAGAGCGUUUUCGGACAGGCCUUGGCUGGAGGGAGGAUUCUGUGGGAUGCAGGGCAGUGCUGCUGCCUGGGGACCACCGCGAAAGUCUUCCUUGGCACGGGGCUGGGGGGACGCAGUCCCCGAUGGUGCCUGCCUGGGGGGCACGGAGCAGCGUCCGACAGGCUCCCCCAAAGACCCAGAGACCCUCUGCCCCUGUGGGGAAAGGAGAUCGCUGUGGGGGGGGAGCGGAGGGGGUCCAUUAGAGACAGGUGCCCCCGGGGGAGCCGGAGAAGUGCUUUGCCUCUUCCUGGGGCUGCCUGCCUGUGCCUGGGGAGUUGCUGCGAGGGAGGAAGCGUAAUUGAAUUGUCUCCAGUUAAUUGGAGCCAUCCUUGGUUUGUGGGGUUGGCAGAGGGCCAGCUGCACCGCAGGCCUCCCCCACCACCUUUCUCAGCGCAGUGCUGGGAAGGGCUGGCAGCUUCCAAGCCACCCCCCCACCCCACCCCUCUGGAGCUGCACACCCCACCCCACCCCCCAGAUCUCUGCACUAAGAGGACUUGCUGGUGACAGGGAUGUGUCAGACGACCUGCGGGCCGCUGGGGCUUUGGAGUGAACUACCUCCCACCCCCGCUGCCCGCCGCCAUCUGCCCCCCUCCUGACCACCAUGGGUCCAUGACGGUGGUCUGCUACCCUUCCAAGGAGUCCAUCCUCAGCCUCCGGCCCCCGGGCCGCAACACGGUGAUGCGCCUGACCACCGUCCUCGCCCUCUGCGUGGUGGUCUUGGUCUACCUGGUCACGGGGGCCUUCGUCUUCCGGCUGCUGGAGCAGCCCUACGAGAUCCGGCAGCAAGGGAAGCUCCGGGCCCACCUGGAAUUCUUCCUGCGCAGGCACCAAUGCGUGGCUGCAGAAGAGCUGGAUGGCCUCAUCCAGCAUGUCAGCGAGGCCCUGGGGGCUGGCGUGGACCCCGUCCUCAAUGGCACCAAUUCCUCCCAUUGGGAUAUCAGCAGCGGCCUGUUCUUCGCCGGCACCGUGAUCACCACCAUCGGCUUUGGAAACAUCUCCCCGAAGACGGACUCUGGGCGGCUGUUCUGCAUCUUCUACGCGCUGGUGGGAAUCCCGCUCUUUGGGAUGCUGCUGGCCGGAGUCGGGGACCAGCUGGGGUCCUCUCUGCGGAACGCCAUUGGCAAAGUGGAGGACGUUUUCUUGAAGUGGCAGGUCAGCACCACCAUCGUGAGGGUCCUCUCGGCCCUGCUCUUCAUCCUCAUCGGCUGCCUCCUCUUCGUCUCCCUGCCAACCAUCAUCUUCCAGCGGGUGGAGAACUGGACCCUCCUGGAGAGUGUCUACUUUGUCGUCAUCACGCUGACCACGAUCGGAUUUGGUGACUACGUGGCCGCCCCCUUCUCUGGGCGGGAGGACCAAGAGGGAGGAGGAGGGAGUCUCUUCCGAGCCCUGCGAUUCCUUCCAGGGGACCAGAGGCAAGAAGACCGCAUCUGGUACCAGCCGCUGGUGGUGGUCUGGAUCGUGCUCGGCCUGGCCUACUUCGCCUCCAUCCUGACCAUGAUUGGGAACUGGCUGCGGGUGCUGUCCCGACGGACCAGGGCCGAGAUGGGGGACUUGACGGCCCACGCGGCCUCCUGGACGGGCAAUGUGGCCUCCCAGCUGCGGGUGCCCAGCGUCACCUUCCCGGAGAAGCUGCACCGUGUGGGGACCCUGAAGGCGGGCAAGCCUUCUCCUCCUGCCAUCCUGCAGAACGGGGAAGACGCGGUGGGGGAGACCCUGCCGCCGCCGCCGCUACAGCCCGCUGCCUUCCCGCCGCCGCCGCCCCUGCUGCCGCCGCCCCCCUCCCGCAGCCCGUCUCCCGGUUCCCGCCAGCGCCGGUCUCCGCCGAAGCCCUGCAACGCCGUCCCGCUGCGGCCCAUAGACUACGUGGGCGAAAACCUGGCUUUCAUUGACGAGAGCUCGGACGCGCUGAGUGACGGGGGGCCGCCGUCCGCCCGCCCGCCCCGCCGCAUGCGUCCCCGUGCUCGCCACCGCGCCCACGAGGUCCAGCCGCCCGGACUGCCCAUGGUCCUUUUGAGCCGCACCCGGGACAAAGGGGAAUUUGUUUAAGGGUGGGGCCGACUGAUCGGGGCCGAUGCCAGGCUUGGCGCAAGCCGCGGGCCUACAGCGGCCCGCGUGCCGUUCUCCGCAUUCCCUCGUGGUGGUGGCCAGGAGGGUGCUAGCCACGUGGCCAGCCUCUCCCCCCCCCCCCGCCCAGGUGCUAACACAAGGGCCACCUUUUGUGUCUUCGACUCUCCGCGCUGCAUUCUCGGUUUGCGGUCCGAAUUCCGCUCACCCACCUUCCACCGUGAUCUUUGCUUUCGGAACUCUUCUCCCCAGAGCAAGAGAUGUGCCCCAGUGGGAGCCCUCCCCCACUCUGUGUGUGCCUGUUACCCUCUUUCUGCAAAAAGACCACCACCAGAACUGCAUGGGGGCGGAGGUCAACACGGCACCCUCCACCUAGCUUCAAGCACCUCCACCUUCCUUCUGCAUGCCCUCCUGAGCCUGCCACUAAGCGCACACACGCACACCACCUCCCCUGCAGCUGUGUGAGUAUCUGUACUGCAGCUUGGAAGAAAUUAGCUGGAGGGAGGAGGGGAGCAUGGUUCAGUGGUACGAGCAUAUGCUCUGCAUGCACGAGGUCCUGGGUUCAAGUCCCGCUGUGCCCAGGUAGGGCCAGGGAAGAGCCUUCUCCAAGAUGCCCAAGUGCUGCUGCCAGUCAGUGUGGCCAAGACAAGCCUAAACUAGAUGGGCCAGCGGACGGCUGCUUCUGAGGUCCCUACAGAAGUUUAUGCCCUCCCCCCCCACACACACCCUGCCGCCCUGGUAAUUCUUGGAGGCUAUGUGGAUAUUCAGCUGCAUCUGAGCGCCUUUUGGAAGUGAGAGCUCCCCGGGAUAGUCCAGAAGAGCAACGUCCUGCCUGUCGCUAUCGUCCCAGGACAAGUCCGUCUUGCAAAACGACUGCAUGCCAUUUGAGUGGUGGGGGGUCUCCUCCUCUUCUUGGCGUCUCCUCGGCCCCUCCCUCAACAAACAAGAAAGCCUUGUAGGAACAUUCCAACAUCUCACGUUUACGACCUUCCUUUUGUCUUCUCGAGAACCCACCCGGGGCUGGGCUGGCCCUGCCCUACCAACCCAGAGGAGGCGCUCUUGGGGAGGGAGAGCGGGGUGCGGCUGGGUCUCUGCUGCUGCCCAGCCUGAUGAUGCCCCGGCAGAGGAGGAGGAGGAGGACCCCCUGCGCCCCGAGGGGCGAGAGUGUCCCUCCUCGGCUUCCUGCCUGGCCGGCCGGGAAGAAGCCACCCCCACCCCUGCGGCCAGGCUGGGCGAGCGGGCAUGCAUUGCACACAGCCCGCACUGGACUCUGCAAGGCAGCAGCAGCAGCAGCCAGCUCCGCCAGGUGCCGGACAGCCCACACCGACAGCAGCCUGCACCCUCCUCAACUCCACCCCCGCUGCCGCCCCUGGAAUGGUCGCGUCCUCCUCGUGACGACGCUGGAGACGUUCUCAUUGGUGGGCGGGCCGCGGAAGAAGCGUGUUGGAACGUUCAGGCCCGGGAGCCGACGAGACCAUUGAGGCGGGCAACGGGGGGGGGAGGUGGCGGGCCGAGUUCUCGCGAUGACCCGGAGCCCGGCCGACUCCCUCUCCCUUUGCUAGUCGACGACGGGAAGAGACACUCCGGGAAGGCGCUUGUGGCGGCGGCGGCAAGCCAGGAGAGCCGGCUUUAGACCUCGAAAGUAUUCACAGCCACCAUUGGUGCAUCCAAAGCUGCAGCGCUUUCACAGGAGAGAACCUCUUAGCUGGCAUCGACUGGCUGUUGGAUGACAUCUCCAGCCGGAUAUUCACAGCGGACUGAGUGGGGGAAGUGACGCGGGCAUCUCCCCCCCGCCCCAAUGCUCUGUGUGGAAGUGGUGCCUUUGGGUGGGCCUCUUCACCAUCCUGGGCUGGGGCUUGGCCUCCUGUGAUAAACUGCUUCCAUGUGUGUAAGGUGCAGGGAGUGCCUCCCCUUUCUACAGAAUGUGGCCCUCAAGCAGGAGCCCCUGUCUGUAGGAUGGGGUGGGGCUGAAGGGAACUGCCCCCCCUUCUCUGCAGUUGUAUUAAGAGUGUUUCAAUAAAGCUGUGUUGUGAUCCUAACAGAUGCUCGAUGGAUGGUCUUCUAGCUGCUGGUGCCCCAUGUCCAUAUUUCCUGAUUGGAGCUUCCGAAGGAAGACAAGAGAGGAUUGGUGGCGUAACCGAAGAACCGAAAAAGAGCCCUUCUGGAUGAGAGCAAAGGCCCAUCAGCUUCACCACCCACUUUCUACAAAGCCUGCAGGUUGUGAGGAACCACUGUUGAUUGGCUUCAGGAAAAAUACAAGUUUCUUGGAUACACUCGGAGAUGCCACAGGAGAGAAGGCCUCUGUCUAACUCCCUUGGAGAAAUCUAAGAAUGUUUGGAUACAAUCUACACUCCCUUUGAAGGAAUUGAAGAAACCUUUUUGGAGGCUAUUUUGAAGAACUCUAUACACCAGGGAGGAUGUAAAGUCUAUCACGUUUGGGACAUAGCAAUUGUUCUUUCACUUCUGAGGAAGCUCAUUGGGAAACAAGGACUUAUCGCGAAACCUUGUCAAGUGAUUCAUGUAUAUUCAGUGUUUUAUUAUAAUAAAUGACUUAUAUUAAUGAAGUGA